UGCACAGCCGCACGGUCCGCCCGAGCCCGGGACGCAGCGCCCCGCGGAGGAGGGCGCCGGGACGCGACGAUGGCUCCGCGGGGACUCCCGGGGUCCGCGCUCCUCGCCGCUGCCGUCUUCGUGGGAGACGCCGUGAGUUCGCCGCUGGUGGCCCCGGACACUGCUGGCAGCCGCACAUUGCACUCGAGAGCAGAGACUACCCCAUCACCCACCAACAACACGGGCAACGGACACCCAGAAUACAUUGCGUACGCGCUUGUCCCUGUGUUCUUCAUCAUGGGUCUCCUUGGUGUCUUCAUCUGCCACCUGCUGAAGAAGAAAGGGUAUCGCUGCACGACAGAGGCUGAGCAAGAGGUGGAAGAGGAAAAGGUUGAAAAGAUAGAAUUAAAUGACAGUAUAAAUGAAAACAGUGACACUGUUGGGCAGAUUGUCCACUACAUCAUGAAAAAUGAAGCAAAUGCAGAUGUUCUCAAGGCAAUGGUGGCGGACACCACCCUGGGUGAUGCUGAAAGCCCCAUGACGCCCAGCACUCCUGGAAGCCCACCUGUGAGCCCUGGACCCUUGUCCCCAGGGGGCACCCCUGGGAAGCACAUCUGCGGUCACCACCUACACACGGUGGGUGGCGCUGUGGAGCGCGAUGUGUGCCAGCGGUGCAGGCACAAGCGAUGGCACUUCAUAAGACCCACCAACAAGGCUAAGGACAGCAGACCACGGCGCCAGGGGGAGGUGACCGUCCUCUCUGUGGGCAGGUUUAGGGUGACAAAAGUGGAGCACAAGUCAAACCAGAAGGAGCGGAGAAGUUUGAUGUCCGUUAGCGGGGCCGAGAGUGUCAACGGGGAUCUGCCUGUGACGCCCGUGAAGAGAGAACGAAGCGGCACGGAGUAGCAGGCAUGGCUUUCUUUGAAGAAUUCAAAGAAACGGAAAACUUGAAAGAUAUGAAGUUGCUUCGGGAAUAUUUUUAUAUAUUUUAUAUAGUUUCUAUGAAGUCAGCAGGCAUGCAGAUAAAACCUAAAAGGGAAUUUUUUUUUUUUUGGCUAUACUGCUGGAUACAGAAUUUGGUUUGCUUUGAAACAAGUUCUGGUUUAACAAGUCUAAUGGAAAAUGUAUUAGUAGAUUCCAGGGAAGGAAAGAGCUCAUUGGUGAUCUACUGUUCAUGCUAGCCACCACUCCUGUUAGUGGCCUGUCCUGCGCAGCGUGUACACGCUCCGCUCCCCCAGGAUCACUGGGGAAAGGACGGGCGGGGAGGGGACGGGGGAGGUAC